AAAAAAAAAAUUAAUAAAAUUAUAAUCGGACGGUCAAAACUACCUUCUCAUAAUCUCUCAACGGCGCCGGAUUCAUAGAUAUACAAAUAACGUCCUGCCCCCUCCUCCUUUUUAAACUAUCAUUUCUGUUUCUCCUUUUUUCUGCACAUUCUCCCUCUCUCUUAGUUUAUCUUUUUAUAUUUCAUUUCUUCAUAGAAAAUUUAACAUUUCUUUCCAUUUUUUUCUUGUGUUGGGAUCCUUAAAACUCAAAGAUCGGAUCGCGCACCCUAGGCCGGGGAGCUCUCUCUCUCAUUCACUCUCUGCAAGUGCAACCAUUGCCAUCGAAGCGUCGACGUUUCAUCUUCUUAGAUAUGGUUUUGCUGCAGGUGUUAUGGACCGAGAUAGACGGUGAUCUGAACCAAGUUUAUUAAACAAAAAUCAAAGUUUGGUAGAGGAUGUCUUCUUCAAGCUCGCCGUGUGCAGCUUGUAAGUUUCUUCGUCGAAAAUGCACGCAAGAAUGUGUUUUUGCACCUUAUUUCCCUCCAGACCAGCCACAAAAAUUCGCAAACGUGCACAGAGUUUUUGGCGCUAGUAAUGUUGCAAAACUUCUUAACGAACUGAGUGCCAACUUGAGAGAAGAUGCCGUAAACUCGUUAGCUUACGAGGCCGAGGCUCGCCUUCGUGACCCAGUGUAUGGGUGUGUGGGUCUGAUCUCGGUCCUCCAACACAGACUCAAACAAGUACAGAGUGAUCUGUAUAACGCCAAAAAAGAGCUGGCUACUUAUAUUGGCCCUCAAGCUAUGAUGCCUAUAUUACAAGCCCAAGCCUUUUUGCCACAACAGCAUUUGGUUAAUCCCUCCUCUUCUGCAGUGAUGCAACAACAUGGCAUAUUGCCUAUGAUGGGAAUACCCACGGGAGCACCUCAUAAUGGGCAGCUGGUGAUUCGUGAUCCACAGCUGCAACAUCAACACCAUCAGCAGCAACAGAUGUUUGAGGCUCAGCAAAUGGCGGCAGCCGUGGCUGCGAGAGAGCAGCAAGAGAUGUUGAGGAGUUAUGAGCAACAACAACAACAGCAGCAACAAGAUCUUGUUAGAUUUAACAGUGGAUUCGAUGCCCCAACUGGGUCGGUUACCGCCACUGGGUUUAACCAUAUGAGUGGCGCUGCUAUGUCACCUUCUUUGGCUCUGGGGAGUUUUGAUAGCCCAUAUCAGAUUCAACCGCAGGAACCAGAGCAUCAUCAUCAUCAUUCACAUCCUCUUCAAGCACAGCUUCUGCUUCAAGCACAACAGGCACAGUCACAGCCGCAGCAUCAAGCACCACAAACACAACAGCAGCAAAAAUCUGGAAGUGAGGAGGGUAGAAGUGUUGGUCCUUGUUGAAGUUUUGAAGGCUCCUUGAAGCAAGUUUUUCUAUUCUAGCUAAUAUCGGCUGCAGCAUACAAAAUAAACAGAGAGAUCAACAAGUGGAGUGGAGAUAUGGAAAGAUCCACAUCUGAGAUCCGAAGUCAGUCAGUCAGCAUUGUUUUUUGUGUUUAAAGAAGACUUUUUUUGGGGGAGAUACAAUUAAAAGAUGUAAGAUCUGCAUCGAUCGUCGAGUACAGCUUUUUCCUUUUCAUCAUAUAAACAUGUAAAUCAGAAUUUGGGAAAGUUAAUUAUCAUCUUGUUUCUUUCUGC